CCAUUUUUAUUUCCAUUUUAUAGAGCACAGUCUCCGCCGGUCCCCCUUCCACUUACUGCACCUCUCAUCAAUAUUUCUUGGAAAAUCAAUAUGUAUUCUGAAGCAGCAGCGAUGGAGUUUUUAGGGGACGUACCUGUGCUUCAAAGGCUUCCGAGUUCAUCUAUUCGUAAAAUCGCUCAGCAUGUUAUCGUUAAACAAUACAAUGCGGGAGAGUAUGUGUUCAAAGAAAGGAAAUCUGGGGAUGGAAUUUACUUUAUUUGUGAGGGCGAGGUGGAAGUAUCCCGUGAAUUUCAUGCCGAUAACCAAGAUUGUCAAGUUUUGCAAUGGAGAAAAUUUGAUCACUUCACUCAAAGUGAAUCUGUUGUACAGGAAGAUGUAAUUGCAUUGACCAAGCUUACCUGCUUGAUGCUACCCCACGAAUAUAGUUCCUUGAUGCAUCCAAAAUCAAUUUGGAAUGCAGAUAUGAAUCUUGAGACAAUCGCAUCUGUGGAGCACAUAUUGUCUUUGGACCCACUGGAUGUCAACACAUUCAGAGGAAUCACCUUGAAAGGAGCUCCAAAAUCUGGUAAAGUGUAUGGAGGGCAGUUUAUGGGACAGGCAUUGGCUGCGGCGUCAAAAACUGUUCAUUUUCUUAAGUUUUUACAUAGCUUUCAUGCUCACUUCCUUCUUGCUGGGGAUGUUAAUAUUCCAAUUAUAUAUGAAGUUGACCGGCUAAAUGAUAUCCCUAAUCUUGCUACUAGAAGGGUGAAUGCGGUACAAAAAGAGCGUGUUGUCUUCUUUUUGAUUGCUUCCUUUCAUAGAGUAGAAGAAGGGUUAGAUCAUCAAGAACCGUCAAUGCCUUCUAUGCCUGACCCAGAAAUGCUUUUGACAAAGCAUGGAUUAGAGGAGGGUGUUAAACUUCCUCGUCAUCAUCCUAGAAAUGAAGUUUCCACCUCAACUUCUGUCCCAUGGCCCACGGAAAUCAGGCCUAUGGAUACUGAAAAGUAUAGCCGUCAUACUUCACGCCCUCCAAGUGUCAGAUAUUGGAUUAGAGCAAAAGGUAGGCUUCCUGAUGACCAGGCUCUGCACAGGUGUGCAGGUGCAUACUUCUCAGAUAUGUUAUUCAUUCAAAUCAGCCUAAAUCCACACCGUAAAGAGGGCAUAUUCCCAACAUCGAUUAGUCUGGACCAUUCGAUGUGGUUUCACAGGGAUAUUAAAGCAGAUGAUUGGUUGUUAUACGUGAUUGAUAGUCCUACUGCCUUUAAUGCACGUGGCUUUUCUCGUGGUCAGAUGUUCAAUAGAAAGGGAGAGCUUGUUUUGACUGCAAUGCAGGUAGGCGUUCUAAGAGCACUAAAGACGCCGCCUAUUUCUGUACCAUCGAAGCUCUAACUCACCCAUUCAUGCAUAUAUAUAUAUUGUUGUAUGAUUAGUUUUUUUAAUAUUAAAAACAUUAUUGGGAUUAGAAGUUGGUUAUAAAGAAUAAGCAUUAGUCCAAUGCCAUAAUGGUUAGGAUAACAAUUAAAUAGUUAAACAUGUAAUUGAAACUUCACUUUAUUCACAGUGGUGAGUUCAAAAUUUCAAAGAUGAAAUUUCUCCAAA